GUAAUAAUCAUCUACCAAUAAUAAUUUUUUGAUUCAAGUUUACGCAAGAAAAAUUUAGUAAUUUUCUCCCAACAGUUGGCAAUACAUUAUUUACUGUACCAAGUUCCAAAUGAAGGCUCUUUAGCCAUUGAAAAACAUGAUCUUUUUGACUUUCCUAUCUAUUAGCAAGGGACGUUACUUAAAAGUGAAGAUUUUUGUGUAUUUAAAUGCCGAAUAAAUGUUCGCACAAUGUUUUGUAAGCAAAAUGCUUAUACACCGAAGUCACUGGAUUCUAGCAGCAUACUUCAAAGAAUUCAUACAAAAACAGGUACGGCCGCAAGGAAACUUAUUUCAAAACAAGACUUCCUUCAGCCAUAUUUUGACGGCGAAUUCAGUGAUGUCCAUUCCAGUAGAAUUGCUCAAAACAUUGAAAGGUAUAUUAAAAUCACGAAGAAGUAUCAGAGAGAAACAAAAUUUUUCGUUGAGGCUGUCUUGAAUAGAAUUUAUUUACUGCAUAAGUACAACUUAAAAGUUGCCGAGGUAACUUUUAAAUAUCCCUUAUCACCAAACUUCACUCAGUUGUUAUUGCGCUACGUCGUCCUAGAGUGUAGCGUAUUAUAUAAAAGAGAACACCACACGCCACGCUAUGAAGCCACCGUACAAGAACGGAUAUUAAGACUCCUGCAGAACGUGUAUAAAUCUUACCUGGAGACCUUAAUUGGCGUGCCGCCGGAAAAACUGCUCAAUGAACGCUGUACGGCAAUUUUAAAUCUGUUCAUUAAGAUUAAAUCGGAAUUCGAGGUUCAAAAUGACCUCAUGGAAAAUAUAGCCAAAAAAUUGUUGAAGAAGAUGGGGAGACUGGAGCAAGUAAACGCGUUGAAGAAGAAAUGCAUCCCGUGUCCGUUGGACACGUUUUUAAGUGAUCCCGCGGUUGUUAACAGUUACAAAAAUAUUAUCACGAGCGAUUACGGAACGGACGACGACUUGAAAAUUGAAGAAGAGAUUAUUCAGGUGGAUCCUCAAAAUGAAGAUGACGAUUCCGUCGAAGAGCCGGACAUAAAGCAAGAUAUAAGCGAGAUUUUACGGGUGUCGAACGGUCUACAUCAAGUUCCCGCAACAAACAGCCAAGUAAAGAAAGUACCAACCAUCUAUAUCGACGACGACAAUGAAGAGAUGAUCGUAUUAGAAGAGGAAAUCGAAACGAGUAGUAAAUCGGCGAGGCGGCAGAGAGCGGAAGAAGAAAACAAAUUAUUGUUGAGGGAGAAACAGUACGAAAUGUUUUCCAAUCACAAGCCGUUUGACGAUAUAAAGCCCUACGUGAAAGACGAGGUUAUCGAUCUAGAUUCCGAUGAAGAAUCCGACACGACCGAAAGUUGUGUGAUCGAAACUAAUACUAGAGUCGCUGUUGAGGUAGUAGUUACAGACGAUGAUGCCGACUCAACUGCCGUUCAACCUCCUAUCGCUUGGGAUUCUCCGAAAGUUAUAAAAAAAUUGAACGAGGAAGAUAUAUUAGAGCUGAGCUCGGAUGAGGACGAAUCGCCUAAAGUUAUACCUAAAGAAGAAGAAGAAGAACUGCUGAAAGACGAAACUGACGAUCAAGCGAAUCGUUCGCCGCAAGCAGUAGGAGAUUCUAAUAUGUCUAACACAGCAAUACACAGAUUUGAACGCACUGUACAUAGCAAUACUUUCGAUAUAAAUACUUCGGGCCUUUCUCAGGAAGAAAAUAACAUAAGUGUCGAUAAUUCUACUGAACCCUCGAAUAUGCCUUAUCCAUCUCUAACAGAUACGUUAAUUUCAAGUAGCGAAGAAACUCUUGCUACGCAACGUGAAAAUGUCUCGAUAGAAGAACAACCGUCUAACGACAGUGCUGAAGGAAUUCAACAGGGAAUAAAACUGGAACUAGAUACGCCUAAAGAUAAUCCGGAUAAUCAAGAGAGAGCAGACAUAGAAAGUGAAAAGAAAUUAACGUGUGAUGAACUACAAACUGUUGCAGCACAUCGUGAAAGUACAGAAAAUUCUGAGAAUACGUCAAUCGGAAAUGAAAUAGUAAAAAAUGAAACCGAAAAUGUGACCGAAGAGAACAUUGAUCUAAAUAUGGAAAAUGGUAAAACAUUAAACGGCGAACCUGAACCAAAAUCUGAUGAAUUGCAUGUCAUUAAAUCAGUUGAGGAUCCGUCAAAAAGUCUUUUAGAAAAAGACCCAGUUAAUGAAGCUGGAACGUCAAUAAAACCAAAAGGCAUUCAAACAAACUCAUUAUUAACCGAAGGCAAGUGCCCGCCUUUAAGUAACGAAGAGAAUCUUGUGUCACAAUGUAAGAACAUUGAGCAAAAUGAAAUUGAAGACUUAAAAAACUCGUUAUUGGACCAGAGAGAAGAUGAUGAAAAUACUUCGAUGGAACAGAAGAAAGCAAACGACUCCGAUAACAUUCUAGAAGCAUCCGAAGUCGAAGAAGCUUUAUUGGAAAAUGAAAAUAUCGAUACAAGGCUUACAGUUAGUCAUUCUUUGGAGGCGGCAGAACUCUCGGAUAACAUUGAAAAUGUUAACGUGACAUGUAAUCGGGUACCGUCGGGUGUAAUUGACGAUACAACCGCAGCUGAAAGUACGGUGUCAAGUACGGACGAAGCAAAGGAUGAACCUGUCAGUAGUCGAGGAGAAAGUAUGAAUUGGGAUGAGAAAAAUGACGAUUUAAGGGAAAACGAGUCUCUUGAUCAGUCAAAUACAGAUACGGAAACAGUUAAUGAAACUCAGACUAAAGCUGCUGGGGAUCAAGCGGAAGAGGAUACGAGUUCGAUCGACAUGUCCCAUUCUAAAGAACAAACACCCUCAAAUAUGGUGCAGGUGCAAGAAGAAAUUGUCGGGAAGCGUACAGAAGUGGAUGUUGAUCAGCAGAAUAGUGGGUGUAUCGAAAACCAAAAUGUGGCAGAAAAUGAAACAAUAACUGAAGCGAACGUGGAACCAGACACGAAACGUCUUGAGGAGGGAAACGUUAACACACAUUUUGAAGAUGCCGAAAUUAUAGAUAGAAAAAAUUCAGGAAAUGAAAAUCUUGAUCGGGUUAAUGAGACAGGAAGUGUUUCAGAUGAAACUGAAAGUGGAACAAAGGAGCUUUCAAAUGUCUUCGAAGGUGAAGGAACAUCAGAAGACAGACAUAAAGAGCAGCCUGAAGGGAAUAAAGUUUCUGAAGAAUGUAGCGAUGCAGGGGACAAUACUACUUCGGAUCAACCGUUCAAGCCUUCUAGUAACGAAGUAGAAGAAUUGAGUGAAGGAAUGGAAGAAAUAAUUGAAGGAUCCGAAGAUGUUGAAGAUGCAGUAGUCGAGGCUCCUAAUAAUGAAAUAAUAGACAAGGAGGCAGAGCAGAUAACUGAGGAACCAACUGAAAAUUUCCUAGAUAAGAAAAUUGUUGACGAUGUUGAAGAUGCAGUAGUCGACGCUCCUAGUAGUGAAAUUAAAGAAGUGGAACAAAUAAUUGGAGAGCCAACGGAAAAUUUCCUAGAUAAAGAAAUUGUUGACGAUAUUGAAGAUGCAGUAGUCGACGCUCCUAGUAGCGAAAUAAUAGUCAAAGAGGCAGAGCUGAUAACUGAGGAACCAACUGAAAAUUUCCUAGAUAAGGAAAUUGUUGACGAUAUUGAAGAUGCAGUAGUUGACGCUUCUAGUAGUAAUAUUAAAGAAGUGGAACAAAUAAUUGGAGAACCAACGGAAAAUUUCCUAGACAAGAAAAUUGUUGACGAUAGUGAAGAUGCAGUAGUCGACGCUCCUAGUAGUGAAAUUAAAGAAGUGGAACAAAUAAUUGGAGAGACAAUGGAAAAUUUCCUAGACAACAAAAUUGUUGACGAUAGUGAAGAUGCAGUAGUCGAGGCUCCUAGUAGCGAAAUAAUAGACAAAGAGGCAGAGCUGUUAACUGAUGAACCAACUGAAAAUUUCCUAGAUAAGAAAAUUGUUGACGAUAGUGAAGAUGUAGUAGUCGACGCUCCUAGUAGUGAAAUUAAAGAAGUGGAACAAAUAAUUGGAGAGCCAACUGAGAAUUUUCUGGUCAAAACGACUGUUGACGAUGUUGUGGAUGCAGUAAACGAUACCACAAAUGAUCACACGGAAAGUACGUUAACCGAAGAAGGUUUAAACUUACAAACUAAUGAAGAGAACAUCGAAAUGCAAGAAGUAUUCCAAUUUCGGAACACCGAGCAUGAAAUCGUAAUAACCGCUGAAGAUGUGGGGCAUUUCGAACUAAUCGAACAAGAAGUUCCUAAAACCAAUGAUAUACCAACGGAAGAACAAUAUGGGAAUGAAAAAAUUACAAAGGAAGUGGAAGGUUUCCCAGAAAAUGCAUAUGUAGGCCCUACAUCUCACGAAACUGAAAUAAUUCAUUUUGAAGCGGCAAAAAGUAUCGAACCAAAUAUUACUGAAGAAAUUUGUUAUGGAAAAUACAAUGAGUCACCUUUAAUAGACGACUUGAACAUUCAAAAGGAAGAAAUUAUAACGGAAGUUCAUACCUUGGAUCUAGGCAUUCCGGAAGAAUUUGUCAUAAACGGAAGUCAUUCCCAAAUCGUACCCGCACCUAUAGAAGUGGAAUUACCUUUAAUGAAAGCGGAAAAAAUCGAAAAGGGGAAUACAGUCACGAACAAUCAAAUUAUACCCAAACAAGUUGGUCAACAUUUGGAAAUUUGUGGCAUCCCCGAUGACAACACGUAUUUAGACAUACUGGCGACUGUAGCUACGGAGAUGUCACGUCAGGACUUAUUGAAAAAGAAAAAAGCACACAACGAACGGAGGAAGAAACAGUUUAAUUUAAAGGCCAAAAUCGAACGUGUGCAAGGAAGACGCAACGCCAAGAUCAAAUCGAAGGUAGAAAAACGUGUUACCAGAAGCGCCCUUACAAAGAAGAAAACGGAAGUGUACCUCGAACCCAAGUGUAAACCGCACGAUUUCGUUUUUACCAACGAUUCCGGAGCCCCUCCACCAUCCAACAACAUCUACACCCAAAAACUUUCAGAAAUUCCCUUGACCAGCGAAGAUAGCAACGAUAGCGAAGGGAUUCUGUUGAUCGAUGAAGAUAUCGACGUAAAGAGCAACAAACCUAACCUCCCUCGAAUGAAAAAGUUGUCCUGCUACGACGAGGAUACCAUGGAGGAAAAUCUAAUCUUCCGUUACGAACCCAAAGUGCAAGGUACGGUUUUGAUAAGCAUCCCGGACACGUAUCAAGGAAAUUUCGAGUUUCUAACGCAGAUCGAGCAGUUGGACAACUGUUCUAGUCACCCGUUUGCUAACGUUCCGAAUUCGCAAAACGAUAUUUUCCCUGAGGAGAAAACUUACUUCGGCGAUUUGCCUUCCUCGAAAAACAGCCAGAAACCAGAAAACUCGAUUUUAGAGAAGAAAAAUCACAAACCGUUCAGGACCAAAGCUGAGCAAAAAGAUUACGACAAAUUCUCCCUAAAGCCGUACGUGAGCAUCGAAAGAUUAAACAUUACGACCAAGAAAGAAGAAAAACACAGACACGGUAGAUCGAAAAGUUUCGAAACGGGGAUAACUACCGAUAAGUCGACGGUAUGUGAAGUAAACAACGAUGUUCUGAAAAAUGAGCCCACAGAAGUAUUUAAAGAUGAAAUUAAUAAUUUACCUACAAAAAUAAAGGCGGAGAGUAAUACGGACGAGACAAAUCGUGAAGAUAGUGAUGAUGACAUCCCUUUACUGCAGAGGACUCUAUUCGAACUCAAGCAAACGAAAAAAUCAGUGACUAGCCCGAAAUCUGUACCUGAAACAAAAAAAGGAAAGUCGGAUCAAAAAACUAGCUUUGAUAAAACUACGAAAGUGAAAAGCGGUGUAAAAUCUAAAACAAAACCGAAGAAAACUCACGUUGACGUAAAAGAUGACGCUAAACGAUUACCGAAAAAACUGAUUAAUGAAGAAAAAACGACUAACACCUCGUCACAGAACGACGUUCCUGUAGUUGCUAACCUUCCACAAACAUCAGUACAUCCGACCGUCCCACUUGCCGAUAUGGUAGAAAAAGAUAUUUGUCACGCAGGCUCAGAACCUGAGACGGAUAAAAAUAACACUAACGAGCCCGUACCGAAAAGCAAUCAACAAAUAAAAAGUGACGGACCCAGUUUUGAGGAAUUCAUGAAGAGUUCGAACACAAAAUAUUAUACGACGCCGAAACUGAGAAGAAAAUCGGUAUCAAAACACAAUUUAAACAGAAACGAUAUCAAAUUUGAAGGCACUAAACAAGUUAUUUUCAACGCCGAUAAGAAAUACUACACUCCCCCGAAGCUCAGAAGGAAAUCCAUGGUAGAAAAUGAGAACGGUACAGACACGAAGAAAAUUACACCGAAACAAUUGAAAGUGUCCACGUCGAAAGUCGAUAUACUUUCCAAAUGCAAGAAUACCAUAUCUCCAACGACUGAGAAGUUGAAAAAGAAGCUGGAAAUUGAUUUUAAGUUGAACUGCACCGAAUUAUCCGCAGAAGAGACUCGUGAAAAUGGAGAUGGCGAUCACAUCCCGAGUCAAGAGAUAGCAAAUUCUGAUGUUACUGAAACUACGCCUGUAGAUUCACCUGAAAUUGAAAAUCAGUUGAUACGUGAUGUGAACGAUACUAAUAAAAUACCUGACGUAAGUGAACAGAAUAUACAUGAAAAGGAAACAGAUAAAGACCUUCCAGUAACUCAAACAAAUAUUUCUGAGACAACCGAGUGUGAAUUAAAUACGAACCCAGAGAACAGUCAAGGUCCUGAUACCUUAACGGAUAGAAAAGAAUCAAAACCUUCUAAUGAAACAGAAGAAAUAUUAACUGUAGCUUCUAAAUUCACUCCACCGACAAUAGAAAAUCCAACAGAAGAUAUUCAGGAAGCAGAAGUAGAAAUUUGUAAAACAAAAACAGUUGACGUAUCAAAAACACAGAGCGAUUCUGAAAUGAAUAAGAUUCAGGACAGUGCAAGUAACCAGAGUGGAACUGGAGCGAUCGAAAACGUUGAAGGGACAUCUACUUCUGGGUCUAGUGUCACCGUAGACAAAUUAAUUGAAAACGAAGAAAACCUGGAUGACUUGCCUCUGUCAAAGAGAACUUCUAUGUCUUCCCAUCACGUAUUGAAGGAACCAGAAUUUAAAACUGAAAUGAAACCCCAUAGAAAGAGUCUAAAAAAGACCGCUUCUGAUAUCGAAUCAAAUUUUGAAACGGAGAACAAAAAACAACAGAAUAUACCAAAAACAGAUACCGACAACAUUAAAAUUGGACUCGAAAAUGAAACUAUUCCGAAAUUUAAGACAAAACGAACAAAAGAGCCACAAAAACAUAUCCCCAAUGAAAUUAAACUUCCAGAGCAAGGGUCCUGUACUAAAAAAGACAAUGAACUGACAAAAUCGGAAGGAAAAACCAAAAGCCAGAAAGUCAGUAAAGUAAAAUCUGGUAAACUAUCGAAGAAACAUAAGAAUAAAAUUGAAAAUAACAAGAAAGAAACAAGCGAAACAAAAACAGGAUUAUCAGGAGAGUCGCCAAAGAAGGUCAACGAUAAAACAGAAAACGUGGGGCUAGACAUAAAAAAUAAGAAUAUUUCCUCACGGUUAAUAGAAUCGAUAAACCUAAAGGAAAUGUCUGAAGAGCCGAUAGAUAUAUCUGCAAAUAAGGAACAAAUCGAGCCCAAUUCAAGUCAUCUAUUGAGCAAGGAAAAUUCUGAUUCUACUGAGAAACUGGAAGGGAACAAUAGUAAAGAUGUCUUAACCGAGCAAGUGAAAGAUGAAGGAUCAAAAGCAACUGACAAAACUGAAAGCGACGUACAAGCUGACGCUGAGCUUGUAUUAGGAAAGUCGUCUUCUGCAUCAGGAGACAGUAUCUCUAAAGAAGAGAAUGCAAACGAUAAGUUGUUGGGGAACUCGACAGAACCAACGUCUCGGGACAAUCAAUUCAAAGAUCAAUCUGAUCAGCUUGCAGAAAGCAAAGACGAUAAUAACUCAGGAUUCAGUUCGUCCGGAUUGUCUUUAAAAAGUAAAGACACAAAUAAUGACCACCACAUUCCUAGGAAGAAGAAAAAUCCCGAUUGUCGUUUAAAAAAAUUACCUAACAGAACCUUAAAAUCGAUAAAGACUAAAACUAGCCUUGUAGACAAGGUUUUACCUGAAAACAGAAUUGACGUUCUAGAAAAUUGUAACGUUUUAACAUCUGUUAAAACUACAAAUAACUCUGCACUGAAAAAUGAUGUACAUGGAAAAGGAAAUAAAGUAGAAAAAUGCAAAAAGGAUAAAAAGAGAACAUUUCAUGGGAAAACCGAAACGAGUAAAAUGAUGGAAAAGACCAAACAGAAGGAGGAUACUGAGGCAAUUAAAGACAAAGCAAAUAAAACCGAAAGUACUGAUAUUUCACAAAUUAAUAGUACGUUAGGGGACCAUUUAACUGGAGUACCAUUAACAGUUGUGUCUGAAGAAAUUGUUGAUAGUAGCGAUUACAAAGCAAAUAGCAUAGAAAGACCAAACGCAGAACUGGGCUUGGAUGAACAUGUCCAAAGAGUCGAGGAAGAAAAAAUGGAGGAAAUGCCUGAGAUAGAUGAAAUAUCAGUUUCAGUGGACACUGAUGUUAAAGAAAUCAUUUCUAUGGUGGAUCAUGAAUCAGGAUUGGACGUGCCUGCUGAAAAUCCACUGGAUAUUGAACCAUCUCGUACUAAUCAAGAGAUUUCUGUAAUAAGCGAUGAACCAAAUGCUAAGGUACCCACAGAUAAACCUGUUGAGGAUCCAAUGGAAGACGAGCAUCCUUCUGAUAUUAACGAGCAAGUUCUAUUAUCAAAUCAAGAACCAGAUAGUAAACCACGGGUGGAUAUAUCAGUUGAUAUUCCAGUACAACGUGAACAUUCUUCCGAGGACAAUGGAAAUCGACAUGUGGAAAAUAAUGUAGUUGAAGAAACUGGGAAUUAUCCAAAAACAAUUCCAUUAGAGGAAGUUUCAAAGGAAGGAAACAGUUCGACGGAUAAAGCAAUGGAAAUUUCAGAUUUUAACAGUAACAGCAUGUUUCAAGCCACAGAAUGCAAAGAAAAGUACGAUGACAACAACAAAAAUGAUGGAAUGUUAAAUGAACAAUCUCAGAAACCUGUUUGUGAAGAUAAAAAUGCAGUACUGGAUGAAGUAGAUGAAGAAAUAGCACUGGAAGAAAGAUGUGAUGAUGGAAAUGUACAUCAAUUUGUGGAUUCUAAAGCUGAUAACGCCCUAGAUAAAAACUUGCAACUAGAGACGGAGCAGCAAGUGAAGAAACAUAUUGGUGAAGACGAUUUCGAUACCACCGCUGCAGUUGAAGACACUGUGGUUGAAAGCGUAGAAUCCCAAGAUGAAAAACUGGAGACUGUGCCAAUUUCUGAUCAAGAACCUAAAGAGAUUGUCAAGGAAAAGGGGUCAAGUCUUUUAACGGAAGUGGAAAAAGAAAAUGAUUCACCUAAAUCUACCGAAACCGAGGAUAAAGGACUACAAAAUUCACAGGAACUUUUUGAACACAGUGGAUCACAAAAGAAAGAUCAGUUAACAGACUUAAAAGAUGAUUCUGUGAAAGAUAAUUUGGAAAAUAAACAAAUAUGUGACAAUAAUGUGACUGAUAUAAAGGUUAAGAAUAUCGAAGAAGCUUCCAAUGAAUGUACUCCUGCCAAAUCUGCAAAUGAAAGAUCAAAUGUAACAAUGCCUGUAAAUGUUGCACCUAAUGUAUCCGUCAAAAAGGGGAAGAGGAGAAACAAUACCUUGAGCGAAGAGGAAGCGUGUACCGAAAAGAAAUCAAAGCUGUCGGAAAUAAGGAUCGACGUAUCCUCCGGUGGAGUUCAAGACUUCAGUACGAAGAGUCCAAAAUUGCAUUCUCCUCUGUCUACAUCGCCCAGGAAAAAAGACAAGAAGAGCAUCGAAUGUAUAAUUAGUCAACUUAAGGAAGAGAAAGGGAACAGUGGGGAAGCGAAAGAGGAAUUAGUGAAAUCGGCGAGCUCGCCGGUUGUCAUAGACGUUGGAUCGUUGAAAAAGAAACUUUUACAGAAGAUCAAAGGUCGCAACUCGUUCAAAGGGUCUCAGAGUGGGCAACAAAAAAGUGACAUUGUAAUAAGCAAAGACAAAACCGUUUUGGAUAGUGAAUCUGUGCAUACAGACGCAGCGGUGGUUCCAGUUGAAUCUGAUGCCACAGAAGUCGAAAAUGGAAGUAGCAUUGUACUUACAAAAGAAUUCCCUACUACAACUGUCAUUUCCAGCGAGGUAAAACAUAAUAUCGCUGAGGAACAAGCCGACGAAGUACCUUGCAAUGAAGACAGUGCACCAAAUGUACAAGAGUCUGAAAUGAAUGAAACAGAAAAUGCUAGGAGGGAAACUGAGCUUGUGGAAGUAGGAAAUGAUAAUGUCCAAAAUUCAACUUUAGCGGAACCUGUAAUAAUUACGAAUAAUUCUGUUAAAGAUAAUUUGGAAAACUCCUCAAUGACCUUGGAAGAAUCGGAAGUUAGCGAAGUUCGACACGAACAUUUUGACAGUCCUUCAGUAAAAGAUACGGAGGACGAAAUUACUGUAAAAGAUCCUCCUGCAACAGAUAAAGAAUCAAAGGAACCCAUUUUUUCAUGCACUACCGAUAUAAGUGGAGUCUUUAGCGACGAUAACGAGAAUAAAUCCGUUAUUGAAAGCGAAACAUCCAACGCUAUUAAAGAAACUUCAGAAACCGCGGAUUCGUCUCCAUUAAUAAAGCCUGACAACACUUCUCGACAAUCACCGGUUGAAAUUCUCUCCGAGUGUAUGCCCUUAACUGUCGCCGAACAGACGAAACAUACUGAAAAUUCAGUCGUGAUACCGAUUUCAAGCUGUUCACUACCCAUGGACACUUCGAAAAACUUGAAAGAUAUCGAUUCAUUCGAUCAACCCAAAAAAUCAUUCUCCAACAGUUGCUUAGAGAUUUCACCAAACAAAUCCAUAGAAUCCGUUAAUUCGUGCGUCGAAGACUUUGAACCGGCCAACGUGGACUCUAAUUUACUCAACUUGUGCGAUUUAAUGCUACACGUGGAUUCCGUGGGGAAUGUGACCCGUCGCAUAGAGGAGAGCGUCUCUUCUGAAACCGUCUGUAUGUUGUCGGAUAUAAUCUCGACGACUAUCAGCUCGACGAACAACAAACUGCCUUGCGUGACUUCCGCGACCACCAUCAAAUUCACGUUUCCCGUCACCUCCCAAGCCGACAUUAAGGACCAGCUAAUUCCAAUGAACGAAGUCGAUACAAAGAAGGGUAUUUUCGACGACAGUCCAGUGUCGACGGAAAAACUUCCGCCCAAGAACGGAAGCUGUNACACUUCUCAACAAUCACCGGUUGAAAUUCUCUCCGAGUGUAUGCCCUUAACUGUCGCCGAACAGACGAAACAUACUGAAAAUUCAGUCGUGAUACCGAUUUCAAGCUGUUCACUACCCAUAGACACUUCGAAAAACUUGAAAGAUAUCGAUUCGUUCGAUCAACCCAAAAAAUCAUUCUCUAACAGUUGCUUAGAGAUUUCACCAAACAAAUCCAUGGAAUCCGUUAAUUCGUGCGUCGAAGACUUUGAACCGGCCAACGUGGACUCUAAUUUACUCAACUUAUGCGAUUUAAUGCUACACGUGGAUUCCGUGGGGAACGUGACCCGUCGCAUAGAGGAGAGCGUCUCUUCUGAAACCGUCUGUAUGUUGUCGGAUAUAAUCUCGACGACUAUCAGCUCGACAAACAAUAAACUGCCUUGCGUGACUUCCGCGACCACUAUCAAAUUCACGUUCCCCGUCACCUCCCAAGCCGACAUUAAGGACCAGCUAAUUCCAAUGAACGAAGUCGAUACAAAGAAGGGUAUUUUCGACGACAGUCCAAUGUCGACGGAAAAACUUCCGCCCAAGAACGGAAGCUGUUUGUUUUCGCUUAACGAACGAAUGGACGAUGCCAGCUCUAGGACGCUGUCAUCCUCGAGUAUUUCGUUGAAUCUGCAGGAAGUCGACUUUAGCAAGAUCCCCAUUGAUAGCAGCCAGGCUUUCGAUUUAAUUUCCCCGAAUUCCAUGAUCCAAACUUCCGCCAGGAAUAACUUCAUAAAUGAAAUACCCGGCGAUAAUGAAGUUAGCGGCAUUAUGGAAACCAGGAGUUCUAAUACCAUCGAUCAUAACUACACGAUGGAGCCCCUGGGUGGUCCCCUGUUAAGCGGAAGACCAGAGGAGGAACACAUUUUCUCUUCGGCUUUUAACAAGAAUCUAGUGGAUUCGCCAGGAGAAUUCCCUCUGAACGACAAUCAACUACCCAGCGAAUUGAGCGAAUCAGACGACACAUACAAACUGAACCUAGACAACGAGUACGCGGUUAAAAAUUUAGUGAUGCUGGGCGGACAAACGUCGGACGUAAACUCCUUUCCGUUGUCGAACUAUAACUUGUCGGAUAUCGAGAGGAUGAAUCUCAUCGAAGACAGCAUAUCCAACUCGGAAGACAACAGCAACAGUUUGGACACGGCCAGUUUGGUAACGUCCAUGGACCACGAAUCGAGGGACAUCCCCAGUAACGUGACUGCUUGGACUCAGUUCAUAACCGACGAAAGUUCAAAUCAAAGAGGUACGGUUCUGUCCUGCGGGCCCCGUCUUACUUCGCCCUUUUCUAUUUCCCAAAACGACAUAAUUCGGCCCGUCACUCUAACCGCUCCUUGUUUCGAUGAAGACACCCUGUUGAAGGAAUCUCCCGGCGCAGAAUUAAAAAUGCCCGUCAAAGGUUCUUUGGGACUGAAGGAAAACGAUCCUUGGGCACGAUUUAUAGCCAACGAAAAUCGGACUCAAAAAGUCGUCGUUUUACCAAACGAGCAGUACCUUACGUCGUCAUUUCCGAUUUCUCAGAGCGAUUUCAUAAGUCCCCGUGUCGAUAACGAAAUAAUACUGGAAGAGACGUCUGACUUAAAUCUGGAUAACGAACAAACUAGAUUAGAAACGUCUAAAGAUGUGAAAAAAACGACCGGCGCAGAUGUUAAAAUUGAGCAAACCAACAAAUCGAACGUGAAGAGAAGUAAAAAGCCAAAGAAAGCGACUCAGAAGGAAGUACCGCGUAACGACGACUUUCUCCCGAAGAGAACGUACAGUCGGACUGUUUUAAGGGCGCCACUCAAGAAAAACGUGUCAAUGACAAGUGUUUCACCCCCUCAGUGCCAAUGCCGGUCCUCUUCUUCGGGCAUUGAGCUAUGCUGGCUUCCCGCUGACUACCACGUCGUCGAUCUGCUGCGUGCCAUCUAUACGACAUGGAUGGAUCCCCUAGCUUUUAUUUGCUUCUACCCUUCUGUGAAAUUUUCUUCUCGAAACUUCUUUACNGGUAAAAAAUCGGACGUCCAAAGUGCUCCCGAGCUUACAAAACAAUGGAAAGACCCAACAAAGUUGCUUACCGACGUUUCAGAAGAGAAACCAGCACAGUUGUUAAUCGACACGACGGAUAAAAUACCGGACGUUCACUGCAACAUCGCCGAACUCGUGAAGUUCCGAAAAAGGGGCGUCAACAACAAAUAUUCUAAUAACAACUCCCCGUCACCCGCGAAGGAAUUAAGAUCUGAAGCGGGGAAAUCCAAGAAAAUACCAGAAAAACCGUUGACGUCCGCACCUAAACCGGAAUUAACACCGCAAGAGCCUAAAGGCCAGCACAGGGACCAGAAGAGCCCCACCGGUCACUUAUUAUUAGCUAAAUCGUACACCCCGAAACAUGAGCCCGAGGGCAGGACGCCCCAAGCUCAAACUAAACCCAGCGUUAAGGAAAACAAAUUAGAAACGGUUAUUGCCGCGGAAAAUAAAUCCCACGCCGCCUUGCCGCAGCCUUGUCAAAGUAAAUCCAACCACUCGAUAGAGAGCAUUCUGAACAAGGAACCCAAGUCGAGCACGAGCUACCUAACCGGGGGUUUAAUUAAGGACUACAAGUCCUUGAAGAGCCAAGGAGUGAAGAGAACGUUAACGACCACAGGAAACGACGGAACGCAAAAGAAACAGAUUAAAGUAAAUUAUCCCGAACAACGACAAUCGGACAACAACAUCGACAAAACGUUCGAUAACCUCCUCCAGCAGGGAAACGUCAACAAACUGAUACUCCUGAGGGUGACGGAGGACAAUAAGCUGAAGCCGGAGAGGAAGUACAGCCCAUCGUUGAAACCGGGCGGCAGUCAAAAUGCGAGUAACCUACCUGUCAGGUCCCGCAGCAAGAGUAAGGAGCUGAACGAGGCUACCAAGAAAGAAAUUGAAAGGAGAACUAGCCUGCUGAUGAAACAGCACGGUAAAAGGGACCUCGAGGCAUUCGACAAGUUGAGGAUGGACAGGGGUAGCCCGUCGGUGAAACUAGACGGUAGGAGUAAGGAACAGAAGGAAUAUAAUAAACACAGCUGGUCGAGGGAGGGCGGUAGCGGCAGGACCAAGACCCGGGAAGAUUCAAGGUCGUACGGUUCUCUCAGAAGCGACAAAGGACGGGAUCAGUACCAUUCCGAUUAUAAUAGGAGGAGGGAAGCGUAUUAUUCUGAUCACGUUCGGGGGAAAGAGGGGCAUUAUUCCGGGCACGGGGGGCGGAGGGACGGGCAUCACUCGAACCAUCCUCGGUCGAGAGAGCACCACUUUGAGCACGGCAGCGGCAGCGUACCUCGAAGUUCUGGUUCGGCGCACCCGGCCGGCGGAAGGUCCUCCAACGUAUCGGGGUCCUACUAUAAGUCCGCUCACGUGAACCAAGGCGAAGAGCAAUCCUCUCACCCGGGUUCCCGGCACAGCUCGGGCCCUUACACGAAAAGGGGCGCCACCCUGACGGAAGAGAAGCAAAACGAACUUUUAAACGCACUCCGCGACAUAGUCCAUAAACAGUUAAAUAAUAGCGGUCUUAAGAAAAGCAGCGCCGAAGAAGAUAACGCAUGGAUCGACAAGCUGAAUCAGUUCUACGAGACACCCCAGUUUAUUCCACAGCCUUCGAGUCCCCCAAGUGAUCACAAAUAGUAGAACGUCUGUUGGGAGUGUACCAUGUAUAAAUAUAGAUAUUUGUCGGAUAGUUUUACCUGUAAAUACUUAUUUAUUAGUCGUGUAUAUACGUUAGUUACAAAAUUAAAGAUGAGCGAGUAUGUGAUUGAACAGUUUUUAAAUAGUUUUUAAGGUAACGAGUAUUUGUACAUGUGACGGUUCUCGAUUUUUAAAUUCAUAUUUAUUAUUUUAAUCCGAGUUUUAAUCAGUGAUCUUGUCGAUUCGUAUUUAUAAGUUUGUAUAUUGUAAAUAUAAUUGUUAAAAAAUGAUA